AUGAAACUCUCAAAUAUAAUAUAUGCUUCAAUAAUUGCUGGUGCUGCUGCUGAAGAAUUCUUUCCAUUCAAGGUGUUCUUAAAAGGCAACCGUCUAUCCAAAAGAUCAUGUAAUGAUUGCUACGAUGCUGAAGAGAUCCAAUUAGACCAUUGUCCUGCAAACCUAGUCUACGACACAGACAAAAGAAUUGAAUUAUUGGAUUGUCUCUGCGAUCUUCCAAUUCAAUACUUUGAAAAGUUGGUAGAUUGUAUGUCCGACUGUGAGCAGAUACUUCUUUUGGAAACCACGACGUUUGAUGCUGAGGAUUUAAAAUGGACAUAUUGUGAUGGUGCCGAGCAGAUCAAAACCUAUACUGGUGAUCUUGCUGAUUAUACCUAUUCUCCUGAAGAAGAAAAUGCCAACACCGUGAUUCCAGCUGGUCCAAAGACAAAUGUAAGCAACAGCACGGUACCACGUUCCACAAUGGAAUCUCCCAGUUCCUCAACGACGUCUUCCAACAAUUCCGCUGCUACUUUGGGUUUCGUAUCUGCUUUUGCCUUGUUUGCGUUAUCUAUGUUGUAA